AUGGCGGCUACUACUAGUAUUGCGCUCAUUUUCUCCAUCUUCUCAUCUAAUCCACCAUCUCCAAUGGACUAUCACUCAAAACUAACACAACCCAUGUUCUCUCAUGUCUUGUUGUCCUUCUUCGCUUUCUCUCUUCUAUCUCUCUCCAUUCUCGUCUUGUUUUUAUGGAGAAAACUCAAGAAAACAGAGAAUCAGAGCUCAAACUCGACCACCCAAUGCUCGCUCUUGAAAACUGUUGAUAACACCGAACACACCCCCGAAUCAAACCUGACUCAAUUGACCCAGUCACUUCUCCUUGAGAUCUUACCAUCAAAUUCCCCCAAAUGGGCCUCUCUAUUUAGCAAUCAGGCAUGUGAUGACCCGUGUGCGAACGAGUCGGGGUUAGAUAGGGAAACGGUUGAUUCGGGUGGGGAGGAGUGUGGGAAGAAGAAGAAGAAGAAGAGAGCAAAGAAAAAGAGACCCAAUUUGUCUAAUUUGAAUCUUGAAGAGGGUGGUGAAAAGAGGUGUCUUGGAAAGGAAGGUUUUGGGUCUAAGGAGAAGCCCGAAUUGGUAUGUUUUUACCCUUUUACCUCUUCUUCGAGCGCGACGCAGAGGAAGAUCAAGCAACAGUACGAUCAGCUUGCCAAGGCCCAUGAGUCCAAUGGCUUGACCCUGUUUCAGGUUGGACAAUUUGUUAAUUGCUUGAUUGAGGCGAAAAAUGAGCUACAACACAAAUCUGAGGUAAUUCACCGUAAGUUCACAAUAACAAAGGCUCUAUUACUCAAGGCAGAAAGGUCUUCAUUUGACCGCCUCAGGCAACAGAUAUACAAGAUAGAACUAGAACAGAAGAGAUUAGAAGAGGAUGCAUUUGUAUAUAACUGGCUCCAACAACAGCUGAAGCUGUCACCAGCAUACAAAAAGAUGCUUGAAAUUGGUGCCUGCAUGGAGUCGAAAGCCAAAUCUAGCGAGCUGGUGGAAAACACUGACCCUGAGUUCACUGAUAUUUCUUUUGAAGAAUUACUAGCACAGGAAAAAAAAGAUUCUUUUUGGCAGAGAAAUGGGAAAACUAAAUUGUGCUCAGGCUGAUGACAACAUUUCUUGCUUACUAUCCCCAUGGGUUUAACUAAUGGCAAAAUAUACAUCCAAUACCCGAAGUGGUGUGCUGUUGCAGGAAUUUAUGGCUGCUUGUGCUUCUUUGGGCUGGUUUUUGCAUAGGAUUGUAUCAAUUAACUGUUUGUUUCCUUUCUAUGUUAUCCCAGCUUCCACAUGAGGCAAAUUUACAUAUUGUCUGCAAUGUGCCUUUUUUUUAUGACAACUGAGCAUUUAUUCAGCAGGAUUUCUGGCUAUUCUUCUUGUUUGGUGAGUGAAAAUAUUUUCUGUGUGCAA